UGAGCAUCAAUAUGGUGGUUUCUCUUGUCAUUAAUCAUCCAAAAAACUGAAUCGUUUGUAUUGAAUAGGGUUAAAGAGAAAUGAUAAUUAAAUAAAUCUGUUGUGAAUGCUUUAAAUAUGUGCGAUGUAUGCUCAGACUUUUUGCAAUUACUUCUCUCUUAUGAACUAGAAUCUUUCAAAGAUACAAAUGAGGACCAAAUCUUAAGUAAAAGAGAUAUUGGAAUUGUGCUGUCUUAUGUGCAGGCAUGGCCUUCACGGCAGUGUAUGUGUUGUUAUCGUGAUACAAAGAACUUGGAGAGAUUCAACUGUAUCACUCAAAACAUAAUUUAUUUGGCUGUUUGCCAGUUAAAAAAAUUAGGCGAGAAAGCAAAAGAAACAUACAAUAAUGAAAAAAGUAAGGNAAACAGUGAUGAGAUCGUGUCUGGAAGAAGGUCGUAA